CAGAGUCACGAGGGGAGGUUUGGCCCAGUGACGUUGCGCUUAUGCGCUGAAUGUUUGGAGUCAAUAUUAUACAGGAAGCUGUAGUAGACAGCGAGGCCGGACCGAGCCAGGAUGGCUUGCAACGACAUGGAUAAGUCCAGCCUCGAUGAUGGCUGCUGUGAGGGCGAAUACUCCAGUUGUGCAUUAGCCAUGGAGAAAGAGAGAGAUUCGUAUCUGAGCCCGACAGAGAACCCCUCCACCAUCAGUGUCUCUUCUAGUAUCCCCCCAGACCAGCAAGGCUAUGAUGUAGAGUUUGACCCUCCACUAGAGAGCAAGUAUGAGUGCCCUAUCUGUCUAAUGGGUCUCCGCUCAGCAGUACAGACACCAUGUGGACAUCGAUUCUGCAACUCGUGCAUCAGGAAGUCCAUCAGGGACACAGGGCAAAAAUGUCCAGUUGACAAUGAGGUGCUGCUCGAGGAACAGCUCUUCGCUGAUAACUUUGCCAAACGAGAGAUCCUCUCGCUCACCAUCAGAUGUCCUAAUGUAGGAUGCAGUGAUAAAAUGGAGUUGCGCCAACUGGAGAGACACUUGUCUCAGUGCAAGUUUGCCACAGCGCCAUGCCCUCAGUGUCUGGAGUCUGUUCGCAAGAGCCAUCUGGAUGAACACAAGAGCCAGCAGUGCUUACAGCGGCUCAUGACCUGCCCUGCCUGCGCAGGGAGUUUUGUGUAUGCUAACAAACAGAUUCAUGAACAGAUUUGUCCUUUCGCCAAUACGGUGUGUGAAUAUUGCGAAAUGGAGCUUAUUCGGGAUCAGUUGGCAUUGCACUGUGACACAGACUGUCUGAAAGCACCUGUAGCCUGUACUUUCAGCACUUUUGGUUGUCGUGAAAAGAUGCCGAGAAAUGAACUUGCCCAGCACAUGCAGGAAUUUACACAGAUGCACAUGCGCUACAUGGCUGAGUUUCUGCGUAGCCAAACUCUCAAUGGCUGCCUAAUGCCGUCGGUUGCCGCCCACUCUUCGUCAGACGAACGUGGUGCCUCUUCCCGGGCGGCAGAUUCUUGCCAGUGUAAACAGGAGCUGAUAAACCUACGGGAGACUGUCUUGGAGCUGGAGGGUCGGCUGGUGCGUCAAGACCAACAGAUCCGGGAGCUGUGCAUCCACAAUGAAACACAGAAAAACCAGGUCACCGAACUACGCCGAAAGCUGAGCUCCCUGGAAGAGGCCACCCGAGAGCUGGAAGCCCAGCAGUACCAAGGCGUCUACGUGUGGCGCUUGGAGAACUUCUCACUCCACCUGCGCAACCAAGAGGCUGGUCAGCCCAUAGUCCUCCACAGCCCACCUUUUUACACGGGCCGGCCGGGGUACAAACUCUGUCUCCGACUGCAUCUGCAAACCCCCAGCGCCCCUCGCUGUUCCAACUACAUCUCGCUUUUCGUGCACACUAUGCAGGGUGAGUUUGACAGCCAGCUCUCCUGGCCCUUCCAGGGUACGAUCCGACUGGCAGUGUUGGACCAGGUCGAGGGGCAGCACCAUGUGGAAGUGAUGGAGACCAAGCCAGACCUACAGGCGUUCCAGAGGCCCACCGUGCAACGCAACCCCAAGGGUUUCGGCUAUGUUACUUUCCUGCACCUACAGGCGUUGCGGCAGCGUGGGUUUGUGAAAGAGGACGUGCUGUUGGUGCGCUGCGAGGUCACACCACGAUUCGAUGCUAGCCUCAGGAGGGAGGGGGUCCAACCCCGGGGCCCAGAACCUUCACUUUGAGUUCCUACAUCGCUCCUGCAUUCUCAAGUUCUCAUAGACACUCUGCUGA